AUGAGGAUGGCCUUUGAUUUCUUGGCCAAACACUCCGUCUUCUCAGGCCAGACUCUGAUGGCAGUGAGAUCGCUGGGCUCAGGCCUCCAGCAGCCGGAGGCGAUGGACCAGUCCGUGGAGUCACACAGCAACUGGUCUGACCUGGUUGGUGUUAUCUCGGAUGAAGUGUCCUGCUUUUGGCACUGGCCAACAAAGUCACAGAUGCAGCUGGGAACGCAAGCAUCGUGGAACAGUGGUGGGAUGUUUGUAGUUUGGAUCACUACUCUUCUUCUUCUUGAUGCAGCCAGAGGAAGGGAAGUUUGCUACAAAAGGCUUGGAUGCUUUACAGAUAGCCCCCCUUGGUCUGGGAUCCCAGGGAGAGAACUGGCAGGCUUGCCCAGCUCUCCAGAAGAUGUGAACACCAAUUUCCUUCUUUACACUAGAGACAACAUCAUGAAAUAUCAAAAGAUUUCUGCUACAAAUCCUUCCACUAUCAGAGCUUCAAAUUUCCGAACACACAGGAAAACUCGCUUCAUUAUUCAUGGCCAUCUUGCUGGAGCAGAUCUCCCCUGGAUAACAAAUAUAUGCAGGUCCAUGUUUCAUACUGAAGAUGUGAACUGCAUUUUGACUGACUGGAGAGGUGGCUCUAGCGGUUUGUACACUGACGCAGUUAACAAUGUCCGUGUUGUAGGGGCUGAGCUGGUCUGUCUGGUGAACCUUCUUGAGAAAGACUAUGGCUACUCUCCUGCCAACAUUCAUUUCAUCGGCCAUAGUCUUGGAGCACAUGCUGCGGGGGAGGCAGGGAGAAGGAAACCUGGCAUAGGAAGAAUAACAGGUUUGGAUCCAGCUGGGCCCCUUUUCCAGUAUACUCCUACAACAGUUAGGCUGGACCCUUCAGAUGCAAAAUUUGUUGAUAUAAUUCAUACUCAUGCUGGUCAUCUUUUCUUUGACUUUGGGAUUCUUCAGACUUCUGGCCACCUGGAUUUUUACCCAAAUGGUGGGAAGAAGAUGCCAGGAUGCAAGCAGCUUCAUGUGCCUCCUGCAGCUCGGAAUAUCAAUGACCUUAUGAGAGAAUAUAGAUCUAUUGGAUGUGGACAUAAAAGAAGUCUCCAGUACUAUGCUGAGAGUAUUAUCACUCCGAAUGGAUUUGUUGGGUAUCAGUGUGAAACAUACCGAGCUUUUGUCUUGGAUAUUUUUGCAAAGCUCAUCAAGUCAGAAUGGCAGGGAGUAACAAGAAGUACAGUUUUAAUUGUGAUUAACGUAGAAGCAUCCACAGAACUGGAAAAUAUGAAAAAUUGCUGGCGAAAAGAAAUACAUGUCAGAGUAUCUGCAACAGAAACCAUGAAGGGAAAUAUAGAUGUAGCCUUGACUGGAACUAAUGGGAUCAGGAAGAAAUAUACAAUUGACAAAGGAGCUUUCAAACCAGGCAACACAUACUUGAACUACAUUGACACAGAAAUUUCUGGGAACAUUUCGAAGGUUGAGUUUCUUUGGAAAAAGCAUCAAGGUCACGUCUGUGUUCUGCGGCUGUGGAACCGUGCGGCCGAGCAUGUGGCAAGCCCUGGCGCUUUGCUGAGGCUCGGCGAGGAAUACCGUGGUUAUCCACGGUGGCAGCCCUCACCGUCCGGAAAAGGAAGUUUCUUCAGUCAGCGGCAAACUAUUAACCAGGCUCCUUCAACAGAUUAUGAAAAAAUUGCCCAGCCUGCUACAAAACCUCUGUUUCCAAAUUAG